AUGUCAUCAUUGUCCAAGUUUAUCAAUCACAACGUACUACUACGCUAUGGUCUGCUCAACACGACGUUUGCAAUCAACAUCCUACCACUGGUAACUCAACAUCUCAAUGUAUACAUCUCGUCCACCAACGAGUUGCAGCUUCUAUUCAAUGUGGCACGACGUGGCAUCACCUCUACGCUGCUCACCGUCGCGCGACUACACUGCAAACCGAUCCAAUACCAAUCGGUCACGGUCGACUUCUCGGUGGAUCCCAAGGACGCGCCAGAGAUCGUCGCGCACCCGCUGAACAUACGCACGCUCAAGCUGACCAAGACGCAACAGCCCUACUUGGACAUGCUGCUGAGCGCGUCGUGCGACUCAUUGGUCGAGCUGGUCGAGUCCUCAACGCUGGCCAAUCAGCGCCUGCCAUGCGACUUACCCAAUCUCCAGACGCUCAAUCUCAAGAACCAGCCUCCUCCAGCAAUUGCUAUACUCCUCCACUCCAGCCCCAUGCUCCUCACCACCAUCCGCGUGCUGGACAUCAGCUUCUUCCAUGGCGACGAUCUGGUGGUGAACCUGCUCACAAACAAGUUCCUCCAGCUCCAAUCGCUGUCGGCCAGCGUGGCAUUUGGCGCGAUCGUCGACUACAUUGUCGCACACAACACUUUGGAACAUCUGCGAUAUAGUGGCCUGCCGAGCACCAUCCCCACGAAUGAGUUUGAGCGAUUGAUGCGAUUAGAUCGCUCGCGAAUGAAGUCGCUGCACACAUACCUGCCGACGGCGGCCACGAUCACAUUCACACCGACCCUGCUCGCACAACUAGAGUUGGUGCGCUUCCUCAAUGCGCCCAAGCCCAUGUUUGACGCGAUGGUCUCGAGCUCGGUAGCAUUCACUCGCAUACGCACCAUCUCUUUGAACUUUAUCGCGGCUGACGAGCUGACGUCCGUGGCCAAGUUCCUUAAGCUCUGUCCAAACAUCCACAAGCUGUCAUUGUUCACCAACUCGUCACUGGCGGAUCUUGGACAGGUCGCGCGGGCAUUGACGCCACAUCACACGCUGGAACACCUGGAGAUCAAUGACUUUGUGGAGCAAGAGGCGUUGUUGGAUGAUAUUGUGUUGAUGGCACGAGCAUGUCCACGACUGACCUAUCUCGGAUGUGGUAUCGAGCUACAUCGCAAUACAAUGGACUCAUUGAUCGAAGCCAUUAUCCAACAUCCCAACACGAUCAAUGGCAUGGUACUAUCACGAGCAUCCCCCUCCAACCUACUUCGCAUCAUCAAUCAUCCCAAUAUCAACAUCAUCAAUGUUCGAAUGACCGAUGACAUUGAUGAGAAUGAGUUCAAACUAGUGUUGGAUGCACUGUCUAUCACAGAGUCAAACACAAUGUACAUUAGCAAGCUGUGGUUGAUGUUCAAGAUUGAUUCCGAUGCGAUGUUGGAGUACUUGAUUGAUAAGUUUAGCAAUAGAUCAAUGACAAGAGUACAUCAAAUGGAUUUGAAUAUUGAUAUUGGUAUCAAUAUUGAAUUUACCAAAUGA